AUGUUAGAUUACCCGGACAUCGCAAUACAGCAAGCUAGUGAUGAAUACCUACAACAAGCAUUAAAGGUGUCGGAUAGCAACUUGCAAUUUAAGCAGUGUCAUUUGCCCGGCUGUGAGAAGCCUGUGUAUUGUGAAAACUCAUCACGUAAUAUUAGACCUUAUUUACCGAAACAAUUCAGGCAGUCAGCAUUUCAUUCCGUCCAUGACCUCAGUCAUCCUGGCAUUAAAACAACCAAAAGCUUAAUAAAAAAAAUUCUUUGGCCAGAUAUGGAUCGCGAUGUAGCAAAGUGGGCACGGGCAUGUCUUAAUUGUCAAAAGGUUAAAAUUACAAGGCACACUGUAUCGGGUGUAGGGCAGUUUGAUCGACCCGAUCGUUUUCAGCAUUUACACAUAGAUAUAGUAGGGCCAUUACCUAUUUCGGUUGACGGUCAUAGAUACUGUGUAACAAUGAUAGACCGAUGUACCGGAUGGCCCGAGGUUUUUCCGGUACAGGACAUUACAGCGAAUACUGUAGCGAGAAUAGUGUUUGAAGGUUGGAUCUCUCGUUUCGGAUGCCCUUCGAAGCUGACCAGCGACCAGGGUAGACAAUUCGAGAGUAACCUUUUUCACCAGUUAAUGAAAUACUUAGGUAUUCACAAAUUGCGCACCACGCCUUAUCAUCCACAGAGUAACGGCAUGGUUGAGCGUUGGCAUAGAGCACUGAAAGUGGAUUUAAUGGCACGCUUAAAAUGCAACAGUUCAUAG